CAAAAAAAGAGAUGCCAAUAGUGUAGAAAACCAUUCAAUCCUAAAUCCUAUCCUUGUCAUCUCUUGGUUGGUUGGUCUUGCUAUUGCUCUUACCACUUAAAAUCCAACCUUUUUCCAAUUUCCAUCAUCUCAGCCUCUCUGCUUUCUUUCAAGAGGGAUUAAUUUGGUCUGAGGGUUCAAUCUGUCUUUUUGUCUAUCGUCUUUAUUAGGAAAUUCCGUUGAUUUCCAUAACAAAGAUUCUUUAAAUUUUAAAAAUUUACUAUAAACAACACUAAUAGCAAACACUCUGCCAUAUAAAUCUCUUGCUUUUGGGUUUUCAACAGGUGGUUCAAAAUUUCCCUGUGUCUGAGAUAGAAACUAAGUUUGGAAGAGGGAGAGAAGAAAGAUGAGCUGUGUGAAUCUGAGUACAUGGGUCCAAGUUCGCUGCAGAUCCAGAUCCCCACCUUUCAAUCUUCCUCACCCUUUGAAAAAGCUACCCAUUUUCACAUCCCCAAAAACACGACAUGUCGUUUCCUCUUUCUCUAUCUCCGCGGUUCUGACCAGGCAAGAGGCCCUCAAGGAAGAAGAGGAAGAAGAAAGACCCAGCUUCGAUUUCAAGGCCUAUAUGGUCCAGAAAGCUAAUUCCGUCAACAAAGCCUUAGACGAUAGCGUUUUGCUCCGACACCCACAGAAGAUUCACGAAGCCAUGCGGUACUCGCUCCUCGCCGGAGGGAAAAGAGUACGACCCGUGCUCUGCAUCGCCGCCUGCGAGCUCGUCGGUGGUCAAGAAUCCAUGGCCAUGCCCGCCGCUUGCGCCGUCGAGAUGAUCCACACCAUGUCUCUGAUCCACGACGACCUCCCUUGCAUGGACAACGACGAUCUCCGCCGAGGAAAGCCCACCAAUCACAAGGUCUUCGGCGAAGACGUCGCGGUUUUAGCCGGCGAUGCGCUCCUGGCCUUCGCUUUCGAGCACAUCGCCGUCUCCACCGUCGGAGUUCAACCGGUCAGGAUCGUCAGGGCAAUCGGAGAGCUAGCGAAGUCGAUCGGGACGGAAGGGCUCGUGGCCGGCCAGGUCGUCGAUAUAAACUCGGAGGGGUUAUCGGAUGUGGGGCUGGAACAGCUGGAAUUCAUCCACGUCCACAAGACGGCGGCAUUGCUGGAAGGAGCGGUGGUUCUGGGGGCGAUUCUGGGAGGUGGGUCGGACGUGGAAGUGGAGAAAUUGAGGAAAUUCGCGAGGUAUAUUGGGCUGCUGUUUCAGGUUGUGGAUGACAUUCUCGAUGUAACCAAGUCUUCGCAGGAAUUGGGUAAAACAGCAGGGAAAGAUUUGGUGGCAGACAAAGUUACUUAUCCGAAACUAUUGGGUAUUGAGAAAUCCAGGGAAUUUGCUCAGAAAUUGAACAGGGAUGCUCAAGAUCAGCUCUCUGGAUUUGAUCCCGAUAAGGCCGCUCCUUUGAUUGCGUUGGCCAAUUACAUUGCUUAUAGGCAAAACUAAUUUUUUAAGUUUAUGUUUGUAGUAUAAUUGUUUUUUUUUUUUUUCUUCCCCCCUAAACACAUAAUUAUGUUCCCAAAAAAUGUUUCAUCAGAAUGAGUAAGCAGAAGAUUUGAGUAUAUGAGUUCUAUGUCAAAACCCAAAAUUCUCCGAAAGGGGGUUGUGGUCAAAUUUGUCAUGAUAUUGUUUUUUCUCCAUUGAAAUUAGCUUCCUUUUAUGGUCAUAUACUCAAUUAUUUGGCUUCUUGGAA